AUGGCCGACAAUUCGCAACAAGACGGUCCUGAUGCAAUGACAUAUGAUAUUCAACAACGACAUAGAAAGCCCGGAAGUGCUAGAGAUUCAACAACUACCACAAACGCCCCUUGGACUUCUCCUUCCACUGCCCAUUCUAUCUCAUCUACCGUCCUUACUUCCUACUCGCAUUUUAGUCAUACCAUAGAGGAUCACUCGCCUCGAAUACCACCGCUACCAAACUCCCCAUUGUCCCCUCGGUGGGAUUCUCUGGGCUACGACCGCUCUGCGACUCUCAGUCCUACGUCUCCGGCCGUCAGCAGCCUCCAUAGCAGAUCCUCCAACGCGACCGACGAGCUGCACUUUGCUUCCGAAAUAAGAGAUGAAUUCCCCUCGUUACCCGUCAAGAUGAACACUCCCGAAACACCACGCGUAGAUAAUUUCUCGAGGCCUCGAAAACCAAGCAUCAAACAGCCUUACAACGAAUCACCUCGCUCCAUGGCUGCUAAUCACCUUCCCGCCGAACCGAGCCAUCUCGACAUCUCACCCAGCCAUCCUCUAUCAUGGACGCGAGAACGCGGCCAAUCCGUCUCGUCCAAUAUUUCUGCUGCUACCUUUUCCUCUGUUCCCGGGCGACCUCCUCCUGAGAUGCACAGUCGGGAGCAUCUUCGGAGCAGAGGCCGACAGCCAUACCCUCCACCUACCCGAUUCCCCUUAUCGUACAACCGUGCCGAAAGUACGGGGCCGAAUUUCUCCAGGGAUCCCAUCCAUCGAAUGGCAUCCUUGCCGAGCGAGGAGCUCAGAUCAAGUUAUCGAUCCCAACUCUCGGCAUCCACGGCUCAGGGGACAGUAGCAACUGAGAGGAGUAGCAUCGCGACUAAGAACAGUUCUAUAACUUCGAUCUACGGGAUGGCCGAUGAUUCGCUUAGUAUUAACGAUAUAAUGGGAAUGUACGAGAAGGGCUUCUACGACGACUCAGCUCCCGAGGACAACAACGAGAUGGUAGACUCGAGGCCGGGCACUGCAAAAUCAGAAUUAAGCAGGAGGAGGACUGCUAUGCUAGACGCGAUGACCGUCUUCCUACCAACCCCGGAAUCGCCAGACGCGACCUCUGACUCGGGCCAGAUGGAGCAGGACUCUAUUUCCAUUUCUCACGACCUUGACACACACGAUUCCUUACCCGCAGAGGUACCCGGAGAUAUAUCCGAGGAAGUGUCUGAGGAAGGACCUGGGGAGAUGUUCGAAGAAAUACCCGAGGAGAUGCCUGAGAUAUUGGAGAGCACCCAUUUGGAUUCCCAUGCGGAUGCCGGCGCCGAGACUGAAGAUGAUACCGAGGACGGCUAUAGCCCCUUACCCCCCUCGCGCCACCCGACCGUGUCGACUAUCGCGGAGGACGACGACGAGCGGGAUCGCUACGGGUUUCGGAAGAGUAAUCAGUACGUCGACCGGGAGCAAUACGACAACUGGAACCAAGGAUAUACCGAGUAUCUAGAGAGAAGGCGGAAAAAGUGGAUCGCCUUUCUUAGGGAGCAUGGGUUGAUGACUGACAAUCCUAACCGGUUCCCUCCUCGAUCUAACAAGACGAAGCGAUUUGUACGCAAGGGAAUACCUCCCGAUUGGAGGGGCGCUGCUUGGUUCUAUUACGCCGGGGGGCCUGCUGUUGUUGCGAAGCAUGCCGGCCUGUACGAUGGCCUUUUGAAGCAAAAAGCUAAGAACGUGGACGUCGAGGCUAUCGAACGCGACUUGCACCGUACGUUUCCCGACAACAUCAAAUUUCGCUCCGGCCCUGUUUCCCUCUCCGAUAGCAGCCAACAAGCGCUCGCGAAAGAGACCGAGGGCAUCAUCCCCGUCGUCGAGAAGCCGAUGAUCGUAUCGCUACGCCGUGUCUUGCACGCCUUUGCCAUAUACAAUCCCAAGAUCGGAUAUUGCCAGUCGCUCAACUUUUUAGCGGGCUUACUCCUGCUCUUCGUAGAAAGCGAGGAACACGCCUUCUGGUUGCUAAAUAUCAUAGCCCGAGUGUAUCUUCCCGGGACGCACGAAACCAGCCUCGAGGGCGCGAAUGUUGAUCUCGGAGUGCUCAUGUCCUCGUUAAGGGAAUCUAUGCCCAACGUCUGGGCUAAGAUCGGAGGCGAGCUGGACGGUACGGAUGUCGUUUGGUCAAAGAGCUGGAGGCACAGACAUCGGGCCGAGACGACUCGACUUCCGCCUAUUACCCUUUGUAUGACCGCUUGGUUUAUGAGUUGUUACAUCGGCACUUUGCCCAUCGAGAGUACUUUACGCGUAUGGGACGUCUUCUUCUACGAGGGAUCCAAAACGCUGUUUCGAAUCGCUCUGGCAAUCUUCAAGAUCGGCGAGAACGAAAUCAGGGGCGUGGGAGAUCCUAUGGAGAUCUUCCAGGUAGUGCAGACGAUUCCUCGCAGGCUUAUCGACGCCAACGGUUUGAUAGAAGCCUGCUUCAAGCGUCGUAACGGUUUCGGCCAUCUCAGCCAAGAAACGGUGGAGCAAAAGAGGCAAGAAAGACGGGUUCAAGUCAAAGCCGAGAGAGAAAAGCAAACGGGCAAUAUCGUCUCGAUAGAUUCAGACUUCAAGAAGAAGGGCAACCUUUUCGGCCGACGUAGAUAA